GGGACGCAAUCGCAUCGACGACGUCGGUUCUCAGUCUCGAGGGGAACAAAAAAAGCUAUUGCAUUCAUACGCGUCUUCUGGAACAAUGGCCUGAACACAGCGGAGGGCUCUUUGCCGAAUAUCGCGUGGAGAAGACGAACAGGCAUGAGCUGCCAAUGGAAGACGUAGAGCUGUUCGAUAUCUUCGUCACAUGGCUCUAUUGUUCGACUAUGCGCUUCUCAAGCGGCUCUAGUUACAGCCUCAUGGAUAUCGUUAAGGAAUGGAAAUCAGCCAAUAACCGGACCGUCAACGAUUGCGACGGAACCUUGAUGCAGCUUCACUACUUCGGUAAACUGUAUCACAUCCCCAAUCUUCAGCGUGACGCCUUGGAUGCUCUACACGACUGGUACACCAGCUCAAACAUGCCCAGUCCACAAUGGUCAACACUCGUGGAUCAUUACAUUGCGGCGCCGAAGGCCUCGUUGCUCCGACAGAUGCUGGUUGAUGUAUUCUGCAGGUAUCACAUUGCGAACAUUGAUAUCAUGGUAGAGGAAUCUACUCUUUUGAUGGAGGCAGGUAUGGAAUUCCAGGCUGCUGCUUUCCGCCGCUAUUCACAGGUUAUGUCGAAGGUAAUGGGGGGCAGCUUGGAUCCGAUGUACGAUCUCAACUUGUGUGUUUACCAUGAGCAUGCGAAUGUGCAAGAGAGAGAGCAGUGUCCUAGGAGGUCUCAGAAGUAUGACAAGAGCGUGUAUCCUGGCAUCGUCUAGCGGCAUGGAAAGGAUGAUAUUGGGGGUUCAUCUUAGGGGAGGCCUUGCAUAGAC